AUGUUCCUCGGUCUAGCUAUCAUGCCAAUGGCAAGCAAUUUAGCCAUUGACCUCGCAGAGGAAGUGCCGUCAUUCCAUGUCCCCGUCUUCAACUAUGAAACCCUCACCACUGGAAACACGCCCUAUAAAGUACUCGACGCGCUCAAGAAAGACGGAAUCAUUAGUUUUAGCAACGUGCCGUCCUACUCCCAGAUACGCGACUCCUAUCAUAACAUGGCCGCUGCAUGUGCCGUUUCGGCUCAAGACGCCAACCCCAAUUUCCUCCACCACAAGACACUCACGGAUGGUGCAAAGCGCUACGUCAUCAGCGCAACAUCGGGUCAGGAUGCCAACGCUGCUGCCAUUACCACAGAUACGACAUGCCCGGGUUACAAGGAUAUUUACACCCAGUUCUCAUCGCUGCUUGAGAUGGUGGUGCUCAGCGUGGGUACGACGCUCGAUGCCACUGACUUUACUAUGAAGGAUAGCUACGGUCAAACUGUCUCGAGUCAUCAACUCAUGACGGAUGCUGUCCGUCUCGACCACUUUCACGCCUACGAGACGCCUUCGUCAAAGGAGCGCACGUCCGUCAGCGCGUCCUCAAGUACCAAUACGAGCGCCUCGACCGCUAAUGACUUUGCGCUCGAGCUGCACGAAAACGACGGUAUGUUUAUCGUGUUCUCGACGCCUACCUACUACAAGGUUAAUGGUGACGGCCUCAAUCAGACGUUUAAGUCUGUUUUGCCUUCCGGAAAAGACGGCUUGGAGUCAGGCCUCCUCAUCAUGACGCAUGACAGUCAGAUCGUGCAACCUAUUCUGAAGCCCGACCACGUGACGCUCAUGAUGGGCUCAAACUUCAACAAGUGGAUGUACUCGUCAAUGCAUAUGCCGGCUGUAAAGCACGUCUUGCGUUUACCUGUGAUUGACAUGAUGCCGACACAGCGGUUGUUGCGCACAUGGUUCGGUAAGACGACGUUGUUGCCGUCAUACCAGCGCUUGCUGGGGCAGAUGGACAUCGAGACGCACGCGAGUGCCUCGGCGAAUUAUGUGCGCAAAUUGCAUGAAUCAAAUGGUCAAUUGCUGGGAUCAUCUUCUCGUCAAUUACAGAUGAAUAGCGACUGCCAGUAUGUGCAAUGUACAAGUGUACCUUGUCAAAUUUCCUGCAAUAGUUUUGAUUACAAUGUGCGAAUCACGAAUUGCUAUUAUCGUUGUCAAUGUUCAACACAAUUCUAUCCCGGUUUUUCAUGCAAUCCAGGAUCGUUUUCUUCAGGGUACUGUGCGAAGGAAUGCUUUCGAUGA